GUCCUGGACGGUGGCGGGCUAGACACACGGAGUCCUGGGGCCACCUCGGUCCCUUUAAACUGGAGGAUCGCGCGGUCUCGGGGUUUCCAUGACGACGACUUCGGAUGGGGGAUCCGGGCGAGGUCCGGCCGGGGCGCAUGUGCAGUGCGUGCGGCGCGCAGCACGUCUUCCCGAAUCGCGCGCGCGGCUGUCGCGGGGCUCCUGAACCGCGGUGAGGGCGGGGUGGGAGUUCGUGGGCCGGUUUUGGGGAUUCGCGGAUCCAGGGGGCGGCCCGGCUCCCUCCGCUCGACCAUGGCGCCCCCGCCGCCGUGCAGGCCCCCGAGGAGGCCGCCGCGGCUGCUGCCAUUUCUGCUGCUGCUGAGCGUCGCGCUGCUGGGCGCCCAGGCCCGCGCCGAGCCCGCCGCCGGGAGAGCCGUCCCCGCGCAGAGCCGCCCGUGCGUGGACUGUCACGCGUUCGAGUUCAUGCAGCGCGCCCUGCAGGACCUGCGGAAGACGGCCUACAGCCUGGACGCGCGGACGGAGACCCUCCUACUGCAGGCAGAACGCCGGGCUCUGUGUGCCUGCUGGCCCCCUGGGCGCUGAGAACCCUCCGCCAACACUCCCUCAUCAAUAAAAACCCGGCCCCGAA